GGCGGGAACAGAUGCUGUUGUAAACUGUUUAUUACUUGAAAUCUUUCUGACAUGUGAUUUUAUAAAUAAUCAGGAGCAGUUUACAAGUGGGUCUUGUUCAUGAACCCGGGGCUGAACCCACUCCCCAGCAAGGUGGGGAGGGCCACCUGGGCUCCAGGAUGGGGUCCUGUGGGGCCUGUCAGACUUUGCAGGGACAUAGACCAGUGCUGGACUUGGGUGAGGGGUGUGGUCCUGGCCAUCAGGACAGGCUGGUGGGAGGGUGAUGAGAAGCCCUCCGGUUUUCCCCUGCCUGUGUCCCUCAGCUGAGGUGCCAGCCAUGCUGCCUUGGGGACACUCCUGAGUGGCUGUGCUUAGGAUGGGUUGUGCCCUUGUCCUACCCUGUGCCCUGGGUUCACACAUCCUCCUGCCCCUGUAAGGGAGGCUAAACUGCGUCCACUCCUGGCGUGCUACAGGUGGUGUGCUGUCCACUCACAGGCGUGGGCUGCGCUGAUGGAGCCACACACUGAGCAACCCAGGGCAGGGUCAGAGCCCACCAGGCCCCUCUGGUUAGGAGCACAGGAUGGCGCCGGGGCAUCCUUCAGGAGGACACAUGAGGCCUUGGGCUCUUGGGGCCAUGUUUUCUACCCCUAGGACAAAGGUUUGGGCUGGUGGACUGGUUCCCAGAGGGCCUGGGCAUGAGGCGACUGGCAGGAAGGUGGGACAUGAACGGGUCCUCGUUGUGACCAGGCUGAGUUGCCCUGGGAGGCUGUGUGGGUCCUGUGGCUUUGGGUUAGGGGCCUGUGGCUCACAAACAUCUACAUGUCCUUCGUGGUGUUCAGCCAGUGUGGAGAGGACCCCAUACCUGUCGGACACUGGUCACUUGCUGUGGCCCUUCCUUGAGGACCAGCUCUUCUCCAGCCACGGCUGAGGUGCCACGUUGGCCAGGACUGGGCUCCCUGUUGUCACAGGUGCCCUUACCACCAUUGCCUGGCCGGCCAGGGGGUCCUGGCUGCUGGGCCCUGCAUUGCUCCUGCUGGCCUCCUACAGCUCGCUGGGUGCCCCUUUGUGUCUCUAUCCUUGCCAUUGUGACUGACUUCUGGCUUCUUGUGGACAGAAGGUACCACCUCUUCUAGGUCUGGGCUCUCCCACUGCCGACCAACCUGCACGAAGCCAGCACUGACCCAAGGGCUGGCGUGUGACCGGGACCUCUGGGGGGCGUACCUGUAGUUGUUCCCACCCCAUGGCCCCUCCUCCCGCCGCCUCAGAGGCAGCUGCAGGCCACUCUGGUCUGUGCAUCUGAGCACCACUUCCGGGCCCUGCAGUGCACCCCUGUCUGCUGGGCACCUUCCAGCUCAACCUGGAGCAAAUUUAGCCUUUGGCCGGGACGGGUGUACUGGGGCCGGGGCCUACAUCACCCACCCAGUGAUAAGUCUUUGCCAGCAGGCAGUGAGUAGCCUGGAUUGAAUAUGGUGCUGCUCUUUUCUUGAAACACAUGCUAGGUCAGCAUUUGGGGCGAGAUGUCUGGUCGGGAAGAAGAGGAAGGGGGUCCCCAGCCACCCUGACAGGGGCUCUGGAGAGUACAUGACCUGCUGAGAGGGCACGGGCCUGGGGAGCCUAGCCUUUAGGCACCACUCAGCGUGGGAGCCCAGAGGACCAGUGCCAGCCUGCCCCCCAGCCAGCACGGUUCUCACUCCCCCAUGCCCCUUGGCAGCGUUUCCUUGCUCAGUGUCCCAGGACAGCCACCGCUGGACCUGGCCUGAUGGCUGACCUGAGGGAGCUCCUGCCGAGCCCUCUGGCUCUUGGGAGACGAUCAGGUGCCAGCCACAAGCUGUGCUGGAUGCCAUUUCCCUGCCAGCCUGCAUCGGGCUGGAGGUGUAGAGACCUGGGGGUAGUGGCUGGAGGCCAUCUAGUUCCCGACCGCCCCACCCAGCCUCAGAGCCCAGGGGUGCUACCCUCCCCAGGCAGUGCCAACAGCCAGGCACCUCCUGGCCUGCAGGGGGCGCACUUGAGCUACAGCCUCCCCAGAUCCCUCACCCAGGGCUGUCCCAGCUCUUCCAGUCCAUCUGCCCAUGUGCAGCAGCUCCCAUUCCCAUGUUUGCUGGAAGGCUGUUGAUUUCCGUGAAGGAGGAAGUAAAACAUUUCCUCACUGGGACCCCACUGCUCCCAGCUGCUGUAUAUACUGGUCGGCUCCUAAGAAGCUAACUGUCCUCAGCCGUGGAGCCUGGGCAUCCAAGACCUAGGUGCUGGGGACUCGGUGUCCUGGCUACCUUGUGCUGUGUCCUCAUUGGGGGGGGGAUGAGGGAGCUCUCUGGGUCCCUUUUAGAAGGACAUGAAACCCACCUGAGAGCUCCACUCGUGUGACCAAAGGCCUUACCUCAUACCGUCUCCUUGGGGUGAAGUUUCAGUCUGGGGGACACAGACGCUCUGCCCCCAGCAAUACCCCACCUUCUAUACUUUGGUCCUUCCAAUAGCCCACAGGGGCCCCAGUAGCCUGUGCUGCUGCCAGGCCAGCGCUGCCCUGAGAGAAAUAAAGCUGCUGUCUCCAAGUCCUCUGCCCUGGCAGACACCUGCGCUCUGCAGAACCCCAGAGGGCAGCCUGGCCUUUCCAUGGGAUUAGGGCUGUAUCCAGGACUGGCCCAGAUGGGGCCCCAGUGACAGCAACCCUGCUAAGCAUGCCAUGUUGGACGCAGAGUCCUCAGGAGCAGGAAGUGACAGGUGGCCAGGCCAUUCCAGCUGGGCAGGUCGUCAUGUGUGGGAUCACCUGCUUCCUGAAGACUUUGGCCGGCUCCACUGCUCCUCCCGGUGCUACUUCCUGCUCUGUGGAGCCAUAUCCUGCCCAGCCUGGCUGUGCGUCCCCUCUCUAUCCUCACUGUCCCUCCAUCCUAGGACAAACUCAGCCAUAGAGGCGCAGAGCUUCUGGGGCCCAGCAGGACACAGCAUGAGACUCUCCAGUCCCCCCAUCUCACCGCCUGCCAUCCCAUCAUGGUGAAGACCCUCAGGGUGCGUGUCACCGGUAGCUACGGAGGUGGCCAAGACAUCUGCUUCCCUGUGGUGGUAUACAGGAUAGUCUGCACACAGCCCGGGGACCAUGAACGACACUUGCCAGCCCCUGGGCGGGGAGUACUAUCUCAGGAUCUUCAUCAUCACCUACUCGGUGGUGCUGCUGGUGCUCGGCCUGCUGCUCAACGGGCUGGCACUCUGGGUGUUCUGCUGCCGCAUGCCGCAGUGGACGGAGACCCGUGUGUACAUGACCAGCCUAGCUGUGUCUGACUUCUUCCUGCUCUGCUCCCUGCCCUUCAUGCUGCUCUCGCUGCAGGACACCGAGGACACGCUGCGGUGCCAGAUCUCACAGGCCAUCUACAUGGUCAAUAGGUACAUGAGCAUCAGCCUGGUCAUGGCCAUCGCAGUGGACCGCUACGUGGCUGUGCGACACCCGCUACGUGCCCGAGGGCUCCGCUCCCCUAGGCAGGCACUGGCCGUGUGUCUGGGCCUCUGGAUCCUGGUGGUUGGCUCCCUGCUGGUCCGUUUAUAUCUGGGGCAGCAGGAGGGCGGCUUCUGCUUCCGGAGCUAUGCCCGACACAACUUUGGCACUACCACCUUCUCGCUGCUCGGCUUCUACCUGCCACUGGCCGUGCUGGUCUUCUGCUCCCUGCAGGUGGUGACCGUGCUGGCCCGGAGUCCAGCCACCGAGACAGGGCAGGCCGAGGCCACCCACAAGGCAGCCCGCAUGAUCUGGGCCAACCUGAUCGUGUUCGUCGUCUGCUUCCUGCCGCUGCACGUGGUCCUGACCGUGCAGGUCACCAUAAGCCCGAGCUCCUGUGCGGCCCGCCAGGCAUUCAGCCGCGCCCUCUCCAUCACCAGCCAGCUCUCCAAUGCCAACUGCUGCCUGGAUGCCAUCUGCUACUACUACAUGGCCAGAGAGUUCCAGGAAGCAUCUGCACUGCCUGCCUCCCACAGAAGCCAGGACUCCCAGAACCUGAGCCUCUCCAAGAGCGCGCUGCCUGUGUGACUGCCUGGUGCCUGUGCCAGAUAGGGCCCAGGGUCAGCCCUCAGCCUGCCCAAGUGUGGACGGACCCUGGGAAUGCAGCACCUGCUCCCCCAGGAAGGGACAGGGAUGUGGGCUGAGGACCUCAGGCUGGGGCAACAUACCUGCCACCCCCAGAGCAUGCAACCUGGGCACUGUGGGUGUUUUGAUGGACAUCCUUCUGCUGUGCUCCCCCCUGCUGGGAUAAAGCUCUCAGCCUUGUUGGUCCAGCGGGACCUGCUGUGGGACUCAGAGUGAGUGUGUGGCUCCAAGGGUUGGGGCCAUCUUCCAGGGGACUCUCCAGGCUAUACACCUUGGGGCAUCCUUGGGCCCUUUCAGCUCUUCCCACCUGGGGAGCUGGUGGGACUGAGGCCAGGUGGGCUGGGUGACACUGUGCUGGCAGGUGUACCUACAUGGUUUCCUUGUCUGCUCUUCCUCAAGCGCAAGGCUGGCAGCCACACUUGGGAAUGAGAAGGGCACCCCUGAGCCCACGCCGGGUGCAUGGGGUGGGUCUGCCCUCCCACUGGGUGUCCUUGGACCCACCCCACUUCUCUGCCUCUGCAAGGUUCUGUGGGGCGGGCCGUGCUCCCAGGCACAGGCUGACCAUACUGCACUGCUGUGCUGGGAGGACUCUGCUGGCAUUAUGCUUGCUUUGUCAAGGUCCUGUGCCUCUGGAUGUGGAGGGACAACCCUCGGCUCUCAUCUUGCACUGGUGUCCCUGGGGGUGGCCUACAGAAGCUCGCUGGGGCAAGCUGACAGUGGCUAACAGUGCACCCACUUCUGCCCCCAAACCCUCGACCCUGCAGCCCAAGGCUCCAGGACAAGGGGCUGCACAGAGCCAGUGACACAGCAGGAAGCUUCCUGUGUUUUCAACCACUUUGCCACUGUGUCAACACCUGAGCUCCAGAACUCUGAGCUCCGGACUCUGCCUCCUGCUGAUUCUCAGGAACGCAGAUCCUACUGUGAACUGCAAAUUCUUGGAUCUGAGUUGUGGCUUCAUAGAAGAAUCUCAUCCUGAAACUACCCCAACCCCUACCCAUCCAUGGACAAACUUCUACAACACAAGGUUGGGGGUCCCCGGCCUAACUGAUCUCCACCUGCUCUCCCUGCCUCUCCCCCUGCAGCAGCUCCCACAGAGCCUUGGCUCCCUCCCUUGCUGUGGAGCCCCCAACAGCUGGGGCACCCAGCACAUCCUCCUCCUGGGUCCACUCACCAGCACUUCCAAGGUACUACCCACCCUGGAACCAGGUCCAGUGCCGGUCCCACCCCAGCACCCUGACAGGGGCUCUGCUCUCUCUACCCCAAUGGCUAGGCAGCGAUGGGGCGGGGGCAGACACAGGAGGUGCCUGUGUGAGAAUGCAGGCAUAGGUGCCAGAGAGUGGCCGGCCUCAGUCAGCCUGGUGCCCUCUCCCCCUUUCACUGCCCGCUCCCAGCCAGUGAUUCUCCUGCAUCCCCAGCAGCACUGCCGGCUUCCUGCAGAUAGCACCUCCUGGUCACUGAUCCCAGCCAGGUCCCCAACCUGUGCUCCUCUCCUGUUCUGCCCCUGCCUUUGAGACGACCCAGAGCCCACUCUGUGACUUGGCCAGGGCACAGCCAAGCAAGUAGUGCCCAUGUCCCUGAUGCCCACCAUCCUGACUUUCAUUUCCUUUUUUAUUUUAUUUUUUAUUUUUUU